AUGAUGGGCUCGUUGCUCUUGCAGGCUGCGCUCUUUGUGUCUGCGCUAGUGCUGCUGUUUUUGACAGUGUACUUCUACCUGGUUCCCAACUUCAUCAAGGAUUCGAGAAGACGAAAGUUACCCCCGGGACCACCAGGACUUCCUUUCAUUGGCCAUCUCCUUGACUUCGCAGAUAGCGAAGCUGUACGCGAUAAAGUCACUGCGUGGCACAAGCAAUAUGGCUCUAUCUUCUACACCAAGCUCGGUGGCACCGACUACAUCUGGCUAUCAACACCAAAAGCGGUAAAAGACCUCAUGGACAAAAAGUCUUCCAUCUACUCCUCGCGAGCUCCCUUUCCUCUAGCCCAGGACGUCAUGAGCGCCGGUCGCCGGCAGCUCUUCAUGCCGUAUGGCCCGCGCUGGCGCUCUAUUCGCAAACACUCACAUGCCCUGUUGAACCUUAACACAUCCGUCAAAUACCAGCCUGUACAAGACUUUGAGUCGAAACAGCUGCUCGUCGAUUUCCUCACCAGCCCAAAGGACUUUUACAUGAUGAACAGACGCUACUCGGCGUCCGUCAUCAUGCUGGUAACCUACGGCUACCGUAUUCCCUCCUGGGAAGACCCGCUGAUCAAGAAGAUAUACACUGUACUGGAUAACUUUACUGAGAUGACUGCGCCUGGCGCCUACGCAAUUGACAGCUUUCCUUCUCUGACCUUCGUCCCCGAGCGCCUGCUGGGAAACUGGCGCACCCACGGACGCCGCGCGUUCGAGCACGACAGUAAAGUGUACAUGGAUCUAUGGAACAGACUGAAGCGGGAGACAGAUGCCGGCGAGGCUAAGGACUGCUUUACCAAGACCUUCUAUUUGAAUGAUCCUGCGAAGAGCGGGAUCGAUGAUCUAGCUGCGGCGUAUACGUGUGGAGGGUUGAUAGAAGCGGGGUCCGAGACGACGGCUACGACGCUGAACAACUUCAUGCUAUGUAUGACACUAUUCCAGGACGCGCAGAGGAAGGCGCAGGAAGAGCUCGAUCGUGUGGUCGGAAGCGGAAGACUGCCGGACUGGGGCGACGAGAAAGAUCUGCCGUAUGUGCGAAGUUUGAUCAAGGAGGUACUGAGGUGGCGGCCGGUGAACAAAUUCGGCAUGACACAUGCAACGAGCGAGGAUGAUUGGUACGACGGAUACUUUGUGCCGAAGGGGGCGGUGGCUGUACUGAACUGGUGGGCCAUCCAUCGCGACCCAGAUCUAUGGGAGAACCCGGAUCAUUUUGACCCAUCGCGAUAUCUGGAUAAACCGCUUUCCGCUGCAGACUAUAUCAACGCGACCGAUCCCUACGAGCGCGAUCAUUUUACGUACGGGGCCGGGAGACGCGUGUGCCCAGGUGUGCAUGUGGCCGAGCGCUCUCUCUUCAUCAAUAUCUCCAGGGUCCUUUGGGGGUUCAAUAUCGUGAAGAAGAAAGGCCCGGAUGGAAAAGUGAUCGAGCCGACACAAGAGAUGGUCAAAGGCUUCUUCUCCGUGCCAAUCCCGUUUGAGUGCGAGAUCCUGCCAAGGAGUGAAGAGCAUGCAAAGGUCAUGCAGGAAGAAUUUGCUAAAGCCGAGAAAGAAGGUAUAAACUUUUAA